ACGAUUGGGCGAAGUUUCAGACGAAGUCACACGGAGUUUACUCUGACACUAGACCCGUAUGCCUUUUCCUGGCGUUGAAAACACACCUAUAGAGCAGCAAACAGGGAGGAACUCUUUAGUAUAUUUAUAUGUGUGUGUUUUGCGUCCAGCUCUGUCAGUCAGACUACUGCCGUCGUAGUAGCGGUAACACAGCACCGCCAUGGACGAGGCACCAGGAGGAUAAGACGAAUCAUGGCUUUUAAUCGGUUCCUGUGGCAGCUGCUGCUGCUGGUGGUGCUGUUCGGUGGACAAUUGGGGAUCACGAGCUCCCAGGUCCAGAACCAAACUGGCUUCAACUUAGUUGGACUGUCCUUGAAUCUAACCUUUGUGAAGAUGGCCGCAAGGAACGCCGAGUGUGACCUGGUGAUGAACCGCACUCCUGCAGAGCGCUGCACCUUUGUGAAGAACACGCCAGACUGCGACAUGGAGGAUGGGUUCAUCAACUACCUUAACGUGGUGUUCUGCUUGCUGCCCCCCAACCUCACGCCGUUCACCAUCACCCUCUGUUGUAUGUGGCUGUUCUUCUUGUUUAUGAUUCUUGGACUGACUGCAUCUAAGUUUUUCUGUCCCAACUUGUCAGCCAUCUCCUCCAGCCUUCACCUCACUCACAACGUUGCUGGUGUGACGUUUCUGGCUCUUGGUAAUGGAGCUCCUGACAUCUUCAGCGCCAUGGCAGCGUUCUCUCAUCCCCACACUGCUGGCCUGGCUGUAGGAGCUUUGUUCGGAGCUGGCGUAUUUGUUACCACAGUAGUUGCUGGCAGCGUGUCUCUUUUUAAACCUUUUGCUGUGGCGUCUCGACCGUUUCUGCGUGACGUCAUCUUCUACAUGGUUGCAGUGUUCUGGACUUUCCUCAUGCUGUACAGAGGAACCACCACACUGGGAGAAACAUUAGGUUACCUCAGCCUCUAUGUGCUGUAUGUCCUGACCGUUAUUAUCAGUACGUACAUCUACAAACGACAAAGAAACUAUGUGAAUACGAGCAACCAAAAUGCUCCACAUAUACAAGAGUUUCCGUCAUCCGACUCAUCAGACGAUGACCUUCCAAACCUGACUGGUGGAAAUAUCCAGCAAGAUUACGAGUCCGAGUACAGACCGCUUCUGCCAUACUCUGAGCCCACAAGCCGGAUCCUGCUGAGCUCUUUGAAUCCAGUGGACAGCAGGAAGUGGAGAAGAAAAUCUUGGAGAUGGAGAGUCCUCAAAGUGCUUAAGACACCUUUAGAGGUGCUGCUGCUGCUCUGCGUACCUGUGGUCGACCCAGACAAAGAAGACAAGAACUGGAGGCGCCCCCUAAACUGCCUUCACCUGGUCAUUGCACCUGUGGUGUGUGUGCUUGCCUUCCAGUCGGGAAAAUAUGGAAAUUACAUGAUCCAGGAGCAGUUCCCUCUAUGGGUGCUAAUUCUUCUGCUGGGAUUCUUUCUGGCUGCUAUUGUUUUCUGCACAACCACAAAUGAUCAUCCUCCCAAAUAUCAUGCAGUCUUUGCACUCCUGGGCUUUGUUGUGAGUGCAGUCUUGAUCAGUGCUGCAGCCUCAGAGGUGGUGAGUCUUCUGCACAUGCUCGGAGUGGUGCUGAGCCUCAGUAACACUGUCCUGGGGUUGACUCUUCUGGCCUGGGGCAACAGUAUUGGAGACUGUUUUUCUGACAUCACAAUUGCCCAGCAGGGUUACCCACGGAUGGCCAUCUCUGCUUGCUUUGGAGGCAUCAUUUUCAACAUGGUAAUAGGAGUGGGUUUGGGGUGUCUUGUGCAGAUGGUUAAAACAAAUUCUGAUGUGCAGUUUGAGUCAGAGGGAUUGUUGACAUGGAUCCUGGCAGGAUCUCUGGGCUUAUCCUUGGUUCUGUCUUUCAUCAUUGUUCCACUGAGCCAGUUCCACUUGGGUAGAACCUAUGGGAUCUUCCUCCUCGCGUUUUAUGUCAUCUUCCUCAUCAUAGCACUUUUUACAGAAUUUGGAACAAUCCAUACCUGACCCACGGUGACCAGAUACUUCACUUUCUUACGUUUUUACAAGUCCUGUAAACCGACUCUUUGUUCUGCAUUGUAAUAUGCAGACUCCAGUUUUUAGUCGCAUGAAAUUUGACUUUUUAGAAAGGUCUGUCUGAAAAAGGAGCUGACUUUAGGGAAUACCAGUCUGAAGAGACGACCUUUUGUUUGUGUCAAUUAGUGUGACACUGGGGCAAAGGCAGCAGACAGUUCAGUAUCCUCAACAAAAUACUUUUUUCUUACAGCCGCCCCCUUCAGGGGUCACCAUAUUGACCUAAACAUGUGAUCGGGUUUCAGUUACAUAGCAGUUUCCUCACCUGACCACUUGAAAGCGCCCCCAUGUGGUUGCAUUAACUUACAGCACUUGGUAAUCUCAGGUGGUCUCUCAUCCAAGGACAUUCCAGACAACCCAGUUUAGCUUUAGAUGUAAACUGUAUUAGUUGCACUAUUUAAACAGGAAUCAGUAGUACUUUUGUUUUCUUUGGCAGCCAUAAAAAAAUCUGUGCCUUUGUCAGUAAAACCAAGCAGCCAGUAUAGUUUUCUGCUCAGGGAAGGUUGAACAAUUGUGCCUUUUUUCCUGUUUUGUGUUACUGUUACUGUGUCAACCAAGAAAAGUGCUUCAUUAGUUUUGUAAUUUAUAAACUUUCUAAAGUGUUCUAUAAAUCAAAUGUUGAGAGCUGUGAGGACACAAAGAUGUUUUGGUUUAUAAAAGUUUUAUGCAAGUCUGACUACUUCAUCUACAUAUACAUUAUUGUAAUGUAAAUCACUGUAAUAAAACAACAUUUUCCA